CUUCCUCAUUGGCGCGGGGCGGAGAGGCGGAAUGUUCAACUCCUGACUCGGGCGGAAGCGUGGGAGCCGCGCGGGCCGCCGUCCUCUCGACCCCCGGUCGCCGCCCCUGCCCUCGGCGCGCGCGGGGCCUCGGCGCCCCCGGCUGCUACUCGCGCCCGGCCCGGGAGCCAGAUUUUGUGGGAGUCUAAUCCUUUGUCAUUAUGAGAUGUCGUCUCUCGGUGCCUCCUUUGUGCAAAUUAAAUUUGAUGACUUGCAGUUUUUUGAAAACUGCGGUGGAGGAAGUUUUGGGAGUGUAUAUCGAGCCAGAUGGAUAUCCCAGGACAAGGAGGUGGCUGUGAAGAAGCUGCUCAAAAUAGAGAAAGAGGCAGAAAUACUCAGUGUCCUCAGUCACAGAAACAUCAUCCAGUUUUAUGGAGUAAUUCUCGAACCUCCCAACUAUGGGAUCGUCACAGAAUAUGCUUCUCUGGGAUCACUCUAUGAUUACAUUAAUAGUAACAGAAGUGAAGAGAUGGACAUGGAUCACAUUAUGACCUGGGCCACUGAUGUAGCCAAAGGAAUGCACUAUUUACAUAUGGAGGCUCCUGUCAAGGUGAUUCACAGAGAUCUCAAGUCAAGAAAUGUUGUUAUAGCUGCUGAUGGGGUUUUGAAGAUAUGUGAUUUUGGUGCCUCUCGGUUCCAUAACCAUACAACACACAUGUCCUUGGUUGGAACUUUCCCAUGGAUGGCCCCGGAAGUUAUACAAAGUCUCCCUGUGUCUGAAACUUGUGACACAUAUUCCUAUGGUGUGGUUCUCUGGGAGAUGCUAACAAGGGAGGUCCCCUUUAAAGGUUUGGAAGGAUUACAAGUAGCUUGGCUUGUAGUGGAAAAAAACGAGAGAUUAACCAUUCCAAGCAGCUGCCCCAGGAGUUUUGCUGAGCUGUUACGUCAGUGUUGGGAAGCUGAUGCCAAGAAACGGCCAUCUUUUAAGCAAAUCAUUUCGAUUCUGGAGUCCAUGUCAAAUGACACGAACCUUCCCGACCAGUGUAACUCAUUCCUGCACAACAAGGCAGAGUGGAGGUGCGAAAUUGAGGCAACUCUCGAGAGGCUGAAGAAACUCGAACGGGACCUCAGCUGUAAAGAGCAGGAGCUCAAAGAACGGGAAAGACGUCUGAGGAUGUGGGAGCAAAAGCUGACAGAGCAGUCCAACACCCCGCUUCUCUUGCCUCUUGCUGCAAGAAUGUCUGAGGAGUCUUACUUUGAAUCUAAGACAGAGGAGUCAAACAGUGCAGAGAUGUCAUGUCAGAUCACAGCAGCAAGUAACGGGGAGGGCCAUGGCAUGAACCAAAGUCUGCAGGCCAUGAUGCUGAUGGGCUUUGGGGAUAUCUUCUCAAUGAACAAAGCAGGAGCUGUGCUGCAUUCUGGGAUGCAGAUAAACAUGCAAGCCAAGCAGAAUUCUUCCAAAACCACAUCUAAGAGAAGGGGGAAGAAGGUCAACAUGGCCCUGGGGUUCAGUGAUUUUGACUUGUCAGAAGGUGACGAUGAUGAUGAUGACGGUGAUGAGGAGGAUAAUGACAUGGAUAAUAAUAGUGAAUGAAAGCAGAAAGCAAAAUAAUAAAAUGGAAAAUGUGUGGAAAAACGGAAGAAACUUGCUAUCUCAGUCUGUACAAAAACCAGUAAGGAAGUAGAAAACUGAGCACUGAAUUUUUAGGCCAAUCACAUUUCUAUGACAGUCAUUUCUUGAAUGAUUUUACUUUUUUUUUUUCCCUGCUUACAGAAAAAUGGGGGGUUAGUGGGGGGAAUUAAGGCAGAAGGGUAUAUUUAAUGAGUCAGCAAACAUGGUGCCUGAUUAUAGAAAUCUGUGAUUCUAUUACAAUAUAGUAGUUUUAACUAAUUACAUUGUGGCUUUUUUUUUUAAACAAAUACUUUAAUGUUUAUAUUUGAUUUGAUUUCAUUUAUUUAAUUGCUUAAGAAGACUUACAUUUUGAAAAAGCACUCUUACCUCCUAAUUCUUCUCUGACACUGAUUUUCCUGUAACACACUACAUUUUUUUUUUCUUAUGGUAAUACACUGCACUGUCAGAAAUAAUUGAUAGUGACUACAAAAUCUAACAAUAAAAAAAUUGAGAUGAAAGAAGACUAUAACAAAUACUUCUUCAGAAAUACCGAAACGCCACAAAUUUUCAAUACUUAAUGGCACAACUACUCACAGUAAAACCUGAGAGAUGUUCUCAGUAAUACACUGGAAGAAGAAAUACUCUCAUUUGAAGCCAACAGCAGAUGUUGCAGGCUUUCAUACCAGUGCUAGCCCUGGAAGCUUCUGAACAACACUGUUAUCUGAGGCUUAGUUUCUAAAAGGAGAAAGAGAUGGUCUUAAAGGGCUGCUUGCAAGCUGAUAUCAAGUGGGGACACAGACCCGCUCUGCACCCCCAGUGGGAAAGGAGCAUCCUGGGUUCUAGAUAUAUGUAGAGAGGUUUUAAAGAGGGAACUAAAGAUUAUGAAAGGAAUGGCAAGGAUAAGUUAUACUUAUUGAGACAGAAAUAUAGGAUGAAGGGUCCUUUUUAUAUCAAAUCCAGCCUUCCAGAGUGGUCUUUUUUUUCCCUUUAACCCUGACUCAGCCAUGCCACUGUUAAACAGAAGUAAAUGUAGGUGUCUCUCCGAAAACCUAGUUCGCCAGAGUAAUAUUCUCAGAAUGUUAGAUUUGUCAAAGCUUGUUUAAACUAUAAAACACUGAUUAAAAAAAAAAAAAACUACAAAACACACACACACACACAGACACAGAAAGGCCAAGGCACAAAAACUUUUUUUCAGCCUGUAUUGGAAAGAAAUGCCAUUCAUUUGACUAUUACACUAAAAUACUUCUGAUGGUUCUUUUUAUGGGAAAUUUAAGAAAGGAUAUCCUCACAGAUAUUAUCUAAUACUAUUUCCAAGUAUAUUCAGUCAUAAAAAGCUUCUCAAAAUUUGAAACAUGACAUGCUUCUAAUCCCUAUUAACAGCUGAAAAAUAUCACAGAAUGAUCAGUACGCUGUGCCAGCUUUAUUUGGAGAAAAAUAACCAUUAAAAUGUUCUGGGUGUGAAAUGUAGCAUAGCCUAUAUACCAGAGUGAUAAAGAGAAGAAUCUGGAGUCAAGUUAGGAUUCAAAACGGCUGUGCAAUCUGUUAAAAAUUAUUUAACCUCUGUGUGUCUGCUCAUUUUUGACAUGGGAAUAAUAACAGGACCCACUUCAAAGGACUGUUGUGAGGAUUAAGUGAAAUAAUGUAUGUAACACAGUGUGUGUGUUUUAUGAACACAGUACCAGGCCCAUGGCAAGUGGUCAGUGUUAGCCAGUGAAAAGUUACUAAAAAAAAAAAAAAAAAAAAAAAAAAAAAGUAGUUACAGUAACCUGGAGAACUAAACUAUCAAUCUUAAGUCAUGCUUGUUGAGUCGCAGGAAAUGGAAGUUAAAGUGAACGGCUUGCAGGAAAGGUAGAAGAGAACAUUCCUAGAAUAUAAACCAUAUAAACAAAUUUAAUCUGUUGCUCUUUGAAGACUAUGCAGCUGAGGAAUCGGCAGGCCCUGCCACCACCCACAGACUAGGUAAAAACAACGGAUAGGCAGACCUUUCCCCUAGAAGAUGGGUGCCCUAGGAGCCAACAUGAGCUGGUGCUGGCGGCACCCAGGCAGGAACACGUACAGGCAUCCUGUCUGUGCUCAGCAGAGCCGUGCUCCCUCCCUCAAGAUGAGCCCCUCAAGCAGAACCUUGGGAGCAGGGCAGAGGGCUGGUUUUCAACUCUUGACUUCGGGGCACAUCCGAAUCACUGUGGUCCAGCAACUUGAAGGAGAGAGCCCAAAAGGAAGCAGUUUAAAAGCCUCUUGCCCAUCUUUUGGGGCAAAGAGAAAGUCAUCCGUUCCACGGAUACUCACUGAGGCCCCCGUCUGUGCCAGGUCCUGCUCCAGGGCGCAGCAAGGGGGCCAUGCUUGCGCCACAGGACAUCCAUGUCCGCAGAGCCUGACAUCAACAAAACAAAUGCCUUACUAGUAUGUAAACGGUUGACAAGUGCAUGCUGAAAAGGGGAGCGGGGAAGGAGGAUGGCACAUGGGGGAGUGCCGCGGAGUGGACAGUGUGAGCAGAGAAGGCUGCACUGAUAAGGGGAUCUCUGCGAAUUUUGGGAUCUGUGCACUUUACGUAAGAAUGUAAAUCCUCUCUCUCAGUUAAGAAUCAUCGUCAACAAAAUUAGAACAUAUAAAUAGAAGGAAACUGACAUUUUUCUUCAUUUACAUAUAAGCCUAUUAUAAUUACACAUAAAAUUUUGGUGCCUUCAUGAAAGUAGCUAAUUAGGGCAAAAGAGAAAGGUAAUAGGACUCUAUACUCAGACCAAGGUUUUACCGUUAAUGAGGUAAUAGUUCCCAAUCUCUCAAGUGCUGUCACUUUCCUCACCAGUAUCCCCAGGAUGACUGUAGCUCAGUACUCUACCAAAAAGAAACCUCAGGGGUUUAGGAUACAGCAGAAUUGAAAGCUUCAGUGAGAAACUUAAAACUGUUCUCCACUUGGAAUUCUACUGUAAUUACCACGUGGCAUUAUUUUACUCUCUUGUUCCAAAUCAGUGUCUUUCUGCGGGUUUGAACAUCCCUAAAAUCUGAAUCGUAUAACCAAAAUUUUAAAGUGGUCUCACUCUAUCUGUAAAGAUGAUUUAGAAGAUCUUUAGACUCUAUUAUUAGUUUUAUCACAUCUUAAAAGAACUGUUUAUUACAUAGAAUUUCUAAAGACGAUGUUAAUUGUGCUGCCUCUAAUUCACUUCCCAGAUCAGUUUUUGAAAUGGCAAGUUCUUGCUGCUGGAUGUAUUUCCAAUUACCUGACUUACAAGAACGUACAUUUAUAAAGAGAAUAAUUAAAGAAACCCUAAGAAAUUGAGAGAUUCAAAAUGAUAAUUGAAACUCUGGUAAUAUCGUCAGAGUCAUACAACUGAGAAUAUAACUAGUCUUUUUUUCUGUAUUCAGAAAGCCGAUCAUACAGAAUAUGAGAACACCCUACCAGCCACUUUCAUCUGGGGCCCCUAAUGGUGUUCGCAAGUGCUGGGGCAGAGUUUGGGUCCUCACGGGAACAGUGACAGUUUCAGAGUUCUCCCAACUCACCCCCCCACCCUGCCCCUAAACAAACUUGCUCGACUCAAAAGACAGUUUCAAAAUGACAGCUACUGUACAAUCUGAAUUGUAUAGGUUGGUGACAUUUAUCUUAAAUCCCCACUUGUGGAAAAAUGGUUUCUUUCCCCUGGUGGAAACUUCAUAAAACCCCAAAAUGUACCUGGGGGAGGGGCUCACUCUCCUCUAUCACACUAAUCCAAAAUAAAUAAAACAGAAACACAUCCCUGAGGAAGCUUCGGUCCUGCAGAACAGGUUAAUUUAAAAGGGCCUUCUGUUGAAGGAAAAUCACAUUUUAAUAUUUUAUACUUAACCCAGGGGAAGGGGUUGAAGGCACAGAGUACGCUUGUUUGGGAUGCUCUGGAAAGGCUGAGGGCCAGCGUUCAGCCAGUGAUUUCUAACAGGCAGCAGAUUUGUUAGACCUAAGCAACAGCUGAGCUAUUCAAAACGGAUCCCCUUUAAAGUCAAGGAAUCGGAGGCGAGAUGCAGCAGAGAGCCGGCGGCGUGACUUCUCUGGGACAUACGGAACUUUAGUCCUCCGCGCGCUCCCUGGAGUAGGGAGCGUUUCGUACAAGCUCAUUAGAAAAGCUAUUCGGAGUUCAACAUUGAUACUUUUUUGGGUUUUUGCUAACACUAGACUCGUUGUGGGCCUGUUAACAACCAGCAGUGUCUCACCACACCACGUUUGUAAUAGGUCAUCAUUUUUCUAUAAUCAGGCACCUUUUGUGGCUUUGGAGUCAGGCUGUUUUCCUGUUCUGGCUUUAAGCCUGGCCAGAGAGAAGAAUCUGGUCCGUUCUCUAGAUUGUGGCAUAGCCUGCAAACAGUAGCAUUUCUGCCAUGGAAAACGAGUGUACACCAGGGAAGCCAAGGGCUAGUGGGGGUUCCCCUCGGACUCAGCCGAAUUGCAUUAUGUGGCCUGAGGAGGGGCGGGGGGGAGCUUUUGGGCAUGUGAUUACUGACUUUACAACUAGCAUUUUCAGCACCUACCUUAAUUAUUUUAUAUAAUGUGCAGAAUAGUUUAUCUUUUAACGUCAGGUACAGUACACUGCACAAACUGCUUUUGCACUCUUUUGAACAAAAUUUGUACUAAAUAAUAGAAAAUAUUUAUAUUGAGUGUGCGCUUUGAAUAGAGGAUGGCAUUAUCACUUUCUUUUUUAACAAAACCUUUUUUCCUCAACUAUUCUAUUACAAUGUUAUUCUGAGCAAACCCUAUGCCAAAUAUCGUGUAUAAUGUUUGUAUGGAAGAUUCCGUUUCACUCGUGUGUGGUAAGACGACUCAGCUACUGAUUUCGUAGUUGGAAUUUGAUAUUCCGGCACGGAGUCCACAAUGUAUUCAGAAAUCUAAGUUGGUGUCAUACAUUUCAUUUUGAUGUGAACUUUUCUCUGCUUUUCUUUGUUUUAAAACUCCAUUUUGCAAUAAACGUUUUGACAGUAAA